GGCGGGCCGGGCCGGGCCGGGCCAUGGAGGGGGCGGCCCCUCCCGGGGAGCGCAGCGCAGCGCAACGCAGCCGCCGUGCAGAAGGGCUGCCGAGGCCAGCCGAGAGCGCGCGUCCCCUGGCCCCGCCAUGGCCCGGCCUGCCCCGCUGCUCGCCCUGGUGGUGCUGGCCCUGCUGCUGGACGCGCCGCCGACGGCCGCCUGGCCGGGCCCCGAGGGCGUCAGCAACGGCAGCGCGGCGGGGGCGGCGGCGGCGGGCACGGUGGUGACGCUGGCCGUGGUGCUCCCGCAGCACAACGUGAGCUACCCCUGGGCCUGGCCGCGCGUGGCGCCGGCCGUGGGCCUGGCUCUGGAGGCGCUGCAGCCGGCGCUGCGGGCGGCCGGCCUGGCGGUGCGCACGCUGUUCGCCACGUCGGAGCUGAACGGCGCCUGCUCCGAGUACGUGGCGCCGCUGAAGGCCGUGGACCUGAAGCUCUACCACGACCCCGACGUGCUGCUGGGCCCGGGCUGCGUCUACGCCGCCGCCUCGGUGGGCCGCUUCGCCUCGCACUGGCGCCUGCCGCUGCUGACGGCCGGCGCCGUGGCCUCGGGCUUCAGCCGCAAGAAGGACGGCUUCAGCACCCUGGUGCGCACCGGGCCCUCCGCGCCGCAGCUCGGCGCCUUCGUGGCCCACCUCCACCGCCACUUCAACUGGAGCGCCCGCGCCGCCCUGCUCUACGUGGACCGCAAGACGGACGACCGGCCCUUCUACUUCACCAUCGAGGGCGUCUACGAGGAGCUCCACGAGGCCGCCAACCUCACCGUCCGCUACCACAUCUACGCGCCCCACCCCGACGGCCCCGGCGGCGGCGGCGGCCCGGACGCCGCCGUCCAGUUCAUCAAGGCCAACGGCCGAGUUGUCUACAUCUGUGGGCCACUGGAGAUGCUACACCAGAUUCUGCGCCUGGCCCAGUGUGAGAGCAUGACCGACGGGGACUACGUCUUCUUCUACGUGGACGUCUUUGGGGAAAGCCUGCGUGCUGAGGGGCAUCGAGAGGCUGCCAAGCCCUGGCAGAACAAGGAGAGCCAGGAACCCAGUGGCCUUCAAGAGGCCUUCCAGACGGUGCUGGUGAUCACUUAUCAUGAGCCCCAAACGCCCGAAUACCAGCAUUUCCAAAACCAGCUGAUCCUGCGUGCCCGGACAGAGUUUGGCGUGGAGCUCAAUGACUCGCUGAAGAACCUGGUGGCCGGCUGCUUCCACGAUGGGCUGCUCCUCUACGCCGCUGUGCUGAACGAGACGCUGCGCGAAGGCGGCACCAAGCGUGACACCGGCCGCAUCCUCCAGAAGAUGAAGGGCCGGAAGUUCCAGGGUGUCACUGGGACGGUCAGCAUGGACAGCAACAACGACCGCGAGACAGACUUUGACGUGUGGGCCAUGGCGGAUGUGGAGAGUGGAGAGUACCAGGUGGUGGGCCAUUACGUGGGAUCAGAGAAGCAAAUGAGCUGGCUGGGGCCCAUCCCCUGGAAGAAGGGGGGGCCCCCUCUCGACAAUCCGCCCUGCGUCUUUGAUGUGGACGACCCCUCCUGCGAGAAAACUCCAUUCUCCACCUUGGCCAUCGUGGCGCUGGGAGCCGGACUCACCUUCGUCAUGUUUGGAGUGUCCAGCUUCCUGAUCUUCAGGAAGCUGAGGCUGGAGAAGGAGCUGGCCAGCAUGCUGUGGAGGAUUCGCUGGGAGGAGCUGCAGUUUGGGAGCUCCGAGCGCUACUACAAGGGGGCCGGCAGCCGCCUGACCCUCUCUCUGCGUGGGUCCAGUUAUGGCUCCCUGAUGACGGCACAUGGCAAAUACCAGAUCUUUGCCAACACGGGCCUCUUCAAGGGAAACGUCGUGGCCAUCAAACAUGUCAACAAGAAGCGGAUCGAUCUGACGCGGCAGGUGCUCUUCGAACUCAAGCACAUGCGAGACGUCCAGUUCAACCACCUGACACGCUUCAUUGGGGCCUGCAUCGACCCGCCCAAUAUCUGCAUUGUGACCGAGUACUGCCCCCGGGGCAGCUUACAGGACAUUCUGGAGAACGAGAGCAUCAGCCUGGACUGGGUGUUCCGCUACUCGCUCAUCAAUGACCUCGUCAAAGGCAUGGCCUUUCUGCACGGCAGCAUCAUCGGCCACCACGGCAGCCUCAAGUCCUCCAACUGCGUGGUGGACAGCCGCUUUGUGCUCAAGAUCACGGAUUAUGGACUGGCCAGUUUCCGGCAGAGCAGCGAGGGGGAGGGCAGCCAUGCCCUUUAUGCCAAGAAACUGUGGACGGCCCCUGAGCUCCUCCAGAGGAGGCACCUGCCCCUUCCUGCCAUUCAGAAAGCGGACGUGUACAGCUUCGGGAUCAUCCUGCAGGAGAUUGCCCUGCGCAACGGGGCCUUCUACGUGGAGGGCAUGGACCUCAGCCCCAAAGAGAUUGUGCAGAAGGUGCGCAACAGCCAGCGGCCGUACUUCCGCCCCACCACGGACACGCGGCUGCACAGCGAGGAGCUGGCCGUGCUGAUGGAGCGCUGCUGGGCCCAGGAGACGGCUGAGCGCCCCGACUUCACCCAGAUCAAGACCUUCAUCCGGCGGUUCAACAAGGAGAGCGGCACCACCAUCUUGGACAACCUGCUGUCCCGCAUGGAGCAGUACGCCAACAACCUGGAGAAGCUGGUGGAGGAGCGCACGCAGGCCUACCUGGAGGAGAAGCGCAAGGCGGAGAACUUGCUCUACCAGAUCCUCCCUCACUCGGUGGCCGAGCAGCUGAAGCGCGGCGAGACGGUGCAGGCAGAGGCCUUUGACUGCGUCACCAUCUAUUUCAGUGACAUUGUGGGCUUCACGUCCCUGUCGGCUGAGAGCACCCCCAUGCAGGUGGUGACCCUGCUAAACGACCUGUACACUUGCUUUGAUGCCAUCAUUGACAACUUUGAUGUCUACAAGGUGGAGACCAUUGGCGAUGCCUACAUGGUGGUGUCGGGGCUGCCCGUCCGGAAUGGCAAGCUGCACGCCCACGAGAUAGUCCGCAUGGCCCUCGCCCUCCUGGAGGCCGUGAAGACGUUCCGCAUCCGGCACCGGCCCAGCGAGCAGCUGCGCCUGCGGAUCGGCAUCCACUCUGGGCCGGUGUGCGCGGGCGUGGUGGGCCUCAAAAUGCCUCGAUAUUGCCUCUUCGGGGACACAGUCAACACGACCUCCCGCAUGGAGUCGAAUGGCGAGGCCCUGAAGAUCCACGUGUCGUCCUCCACUAAAGAGAUCCUGGAUGAGUUUGGCUGCUUUGAGCUGGAGCUGAGGGGAGACGUGGAGAUGAAGGGCAAGGGGAAGAUGCGGACCUACUGGUUGCUGGGCGAGAAGGACCGCAGCAGCGUCAUCUGAUGUGACUCCGCCCCCUCCUAGGACUCCUCCUCCUAAGGGUACAAGGCAGCGGCUGCUCCCAGCAAGAACCUCAGCAGCUGCAUGGCACCUUGCUUUGUGUCUUGGAGCAAAGAGUAUGAGAGAGAGAGAGAGAGAGACGGACAGGAAGAGCAGGAAGACCCCCCUGGCUAGAGAGGCACCUGCUUGGCUGUGUCAAAGUGGGCAGGGCUGCUGCCCCCGCGAAAUCAGCAGACCACCCCCAUCCCUGAUGCCAGCGAGGGCCCUGCAGCGUCCAGAGCAGGGGGGUGCCCGGUUCACUCUCAAACCUGCUUCCCGGCGGGGCCUGGCUGGUUCCUGGCCCCUGCGGCUUCCCCUGUUCCAUACAGCUCAGCUGGCUGAGCCACCCGGUGACUGUUGCCUCCCUCCCUCCCCCCCAGUGUAAAUAUAGAAAUCCAAACACAGGACUGAAUAUUUUGUGGAAAUACAGACUUUAUAACCCAAAA